AGAGUCGAGCGCGGAGCUGGUGGCGGUCCGAGUGCCUAUAAAUGGCAUGACCUGCAUGUCCUGCGUCCGCAGCAUCGAGGGAUCCGUCAGAGAGCUUCCUGGCAUCGCUUAUGUUAAGGUGGAACUAUCAGAAAACGCAGGCUACUUCAGAUAUGAGCCGCGAACCAUCUCGGAGGAGGCUAUCCGGUCUCAUAUAGAAGACAUGGGCUUCGAGGUGCCCACUGACACCACGGAACACGAAACCAGAAACCUGUUACCCAAAGAGAUACCGACUGACCUCUUAAUCGACAUGUCUGGCACGGGCGAGAUGGAUGAGCAGGAGGUCCUGUUGUCAGUCGUCGGCAUGACCUGCCAGUCCUGUGUCAAUACUAUUGAGGGCGCUCUCCGCGAGCUUUCAGGCGUUAGAUCAGUAUCAGUGCGUCUAUCAGAGGGCACGGCACGGAUCCGAUACGUCCGCGGUACGACUACGGCACGACAACUCGCCGAUACCGUGUAUGCUCUCGGAUUCUCUGUUACUGUGUUAGCUGUUGAUGGGGAUCAGUACACAGAAACGACUUCACAAAGCAAGAGCGAGGAAGGAUCAGGUGAUGGAGCGAAACCACCUUCUCCGGUCAAGAGUAGAGCACAAAUUAAUGGGUCCCCGCCAGUAGCUGAAGGUGAAACGUCUCGCUGUACGUUAGAAGUCCGCGGCAUGACGUGCGCCUCCUGUGUCGCAGCCAUAGAGAAACAUGUUCAGAAGUUGUAUGGUGUUCACUCAAUCCUAGUAGCUCUUCUAGCAGCUAAAGCAGAAGUGAAAUACUCUCCCGCAAAGAUAUCAGCGGCGGACAUCGCCAACUGUAUCACCGAACUUGGCUUCCCAUCCAGUGUGAUUAGUGACUGCGAUGGCAGUGGACAGAAGGAUCUACAUGUUGCUAUAAAAGGCAUGACUUGCGCGUCCUGUGUCAACAAAAUAGAGAAGAGUGUUCUGAAACUAACCGGAGUUGUAUCCUGUACUGUAGCAUUGACUACUUGCAAAGGUAAGAUAAAAUACAACGCCGAGCAGAUAGGUCCGCGCACUAUAUGCGAAGCGAUCAACAACCUCGGGUUCGAUGCCAGCGUCGUGACACCGCAUAACAGAGGCACUACUAAUUAUUUGGAACAUAAAGAAGAAAUAAAGAAAUGGCGGAACGCGUUCCUGAUAUCUCUGCUGUUCGGCGGGCCGUGCAUGGUGGCCAUGGCGUACUUCAUGGCGGCCAUGUCGCGCGGCCACAGCGCCCGCGACAUGUGCUGCGUGCUGCCGGGCCUGAGCCUCGACAACUUGAUCAUGUUCCUGCUCUCCACGCCCGUCCAG